AUGGCGGACAACGACCAAAGCAAUGUCAAUCAGAUCGCAACGCAGGUGACCGAUUUACUCGAGCAACUGCCGAGAGACUUGCUUGAACUCGUCCAUUUCAGCACGGCCUGUCAAGCAGUGCAGGGCGUGCGCUAUGGUUUUCGGCAACUCCAGCUUGAGGGCUGGCGGGACGAGACGUCAACGCCCACUGCCUGGCCAGCACUGCUUGAGAAGCUGGCAACUGCUAUGAGGCUCGUGCCACAAGCUGAUUUGAGCAAAUUGAAUCAGUAUGAUCGCGAAGAUUUAUUGAAGCACUUGAAACAACUGCCCGAUUUGGUUCAGACAUGGAAACGCGACUGUGAAGCCAAUAGAUUGAAGCUCGAAGGUGCUGCGAAACACUUCCAAUCUGGAGCCAACAGCUUGCUUGAAAGCCUGCCAAACGGCUCUGUGUUGCUCAUUUCGACGGGAUCUAGCCCUUAUUGGCUUUCCAAAACAUGCCAACUCUGCUCAGGCACUCUCCAGACCAUUUACCUGCCUUUCUCUGGUCAAAGCAAGUUCAGUUCCAACAAGGUCGACUUUUACUCACAGGCCCAGGAAGCUCGACGGAACGAGUACAAAAAGAAUUUUGAUGAGCGUGUGAUGUCUCCAGUGAUCGAAAAGUGGAGAUGCGAACUUGAGAAGCAAGUGGAAAGCAGCGAGUCGAUGGAAGCCUUUUUGAGUGGGUUUGACCACGUCGUUUUGGUCGACCAGCUGCAGAGUUAUGGUACAGUGUAUUACGCUGCCCACAUCAUCAGUGAGCUGUGCAAAGACACUUCAUUGCACCUUUUUACGACGACUAAAAACUUUGACACCAAUGGUAUCGACAUCCCUUUUAAGGUUCACGGUGUUGAGCUGCCCAUCAUAACGGCCUUGAACCAAGGCGGCAGCUCCUCCUUCUCCGAUGCCGUCUGCCCAAUCGAAAGCAUGGUCUGGAAAGAUGGCAAAGCCAUGUUUGAGGAGCGGAAGGAGUUCUCACAACCUCUCCAUGACCGCUUGGGGAACAUGGUGAAGGAGUUGCUGCAACAACAGAAUACGGUUUGA